AUGUUUGUCAGCAGAUCAAUUGAGACCUCAGCGGAUGUGCCCAUGAUGCGCUUGGGCCGCACUGGAGAUCAGAGCAUAUGUGACUGGAUACCACUUGAGCAGGAUUGGAGUCAACGCUGGUGCACGCUACCCACGCGUUUCAUAGAUUAUAAGGAACGCAUUGAUGAGUUUGAAACGCUUGAUGGGGAUGUCUAUGUAGUGUCUUAUAUGAAAAGCGGCAAUACCUGGUUGUUAAGACUUGUUUGGAUGAUGUGCAAUAAUCUGGACUUUGAAAUGGCCAAGUCCAACUAUUUGGUUAGCCCAAGAAUGGAGUAUUUGGACACCAAAAGCAGCGUGGACUCCAUAGAUAACUGCAAGGAGCUAAAUAGGCCACGCGUUAUUAAAUCUCAUCUGCCGCCUCAAUUGCUGCCUCAUCGAAUCUGGCAGCAAGCUCACAAAUACAUCUACAUUGCUCGCAAUCCCAAGGACGUUAUUGUCUCUAGCUAUAGUUUCCUAACUAGCAUUGGACUCUACCUAGGCGACCUGGACAACUUUGUUGAUGAUUUCUUAAACGAUAAAGUUCUAUAUACUUCAUACUGGACACAUGUGAUUGAUAAUUGGCGCAUGAGAAACGAGCCCAACAUUUUUUUCGUUACCUACGAGGACAUGCAAAGAGAUUUCAAAGCUGUCAUAGUGAAUUUAAUAAAGUUCUUGGAGCUACCAAGCUUAACUAGCAUUGAAAUUGAUAAGCUUAUAAAACACUUAUCAUUCGAAAAUAUAAGAGCUGGCAAAUACACAAAUCCAACGCAGCUCAUAAAGGACUUUGAAAAAUCAACAAAAGACUUUAAUUUUAUGCGACGUGGUAUUGUUGGUUCUUACAAGGACGAGUUAACGGCUCUUCAAAUAGACAUGAUAGAUAAAUGGACUGCGGAUUUUCUAAAGCAAUAUGAGCUACAGGAAACUGAUAUAUUUGGUCAAUUGUAA